GAGAACUUCGUCCUUGAGUUUGCCUGCAAGCCGUGUGCGAUGCCCCUGUCGGUCUUCUUUGCCCCCUUCCACGGCUUCGACGCGCCCGCCGGGGGCAUCUUUCCGCCGCCAGUGCUCUUCGCGGCGUGCCCGCACGCGCGCGCCGAGUCGGUGGCGGACUCCCUGCCGGACCUGCUGUCGUGGAGCCCCCCAGGCUUCCACCGCAUCGAGCGGGCUGGGCGGCUGCCCGGCGCCCCCGACGUCCAGGCCGCCUUCGCCGCGGUGGCGUUCGACGGCGAGACCGUGGUCUGCCUGCUCUGCCGCGGCGACGGGCCCGCCCCCCGGCAGCUGGAGGCGCGCUCCAGCUCGGAGAUGUUCUUGAGCGCUUUGAUGGACAACCUCCUCUUCUGGGUCAUGGCGACGGAACGCUGA